GCGAAAAGUGGAAACACGUUGAGCCUGUUAAUUUUUCUUCAUCAGCUGGUGGCGAUAUCCACUGAAUCAGUUUUCAGAUUUCACAAAAAUGAUAAAUAUCAUAUCCAGGUCAGGAAAUUUAGCCCCACAUCUACGUGGGGCUUCUCAAGCGGUUGCAACCCAUUUGACAACUCUCACUCCACCAGUUGUAGAGAAUUCAUCAGUACUAGUUCCACCAAAACCACAAGUUCUUAGUUCUUAUUCACUAAGCAAAGUACUUCCUAGCGGAAAAUUGAGAAUAUCUUCAGGCCCAGCAGUUUCUACGCAAGUAAGAUUUGCCCAUACGGAUUUAGAAGUUCCUGAUUUCACACCCUAUCGCAGAUCUUCUGUUAGUGAUCCCAAAACUCCUUCGAAUGAAAGUGAUGAAUCUAGAAAAGCUUUUUCAUAUUUGGUUGUUGGAGGUGGAGCUGUUGCUAGUGCGUACGCAGCUAAAGUUCUUGUAACCCAGUAUGUUACAUCAAUGUCAGCAUCUGCGGAUGUUCUUGCCUUGGCGAAAAUUGAAGUAAAGCUUGGAGAUAUUCCUGAGGGUAAAAGCAUGACGUUCAAAUGGAGAGGAAAACCGCUGUUCAUCCGUCACAGAACUGGCGAAGAAAUCAACAAAGAGCGUCAGACCCCAUUAUCAGAAUUAAGAGAUCCUGAAAAAGAUGAAGAUAGAGUCCAAAAACCAGAAUGGCUGAUUCUGAUUGGAGUAUGCACACAUCUGGGUUGUGUACCCAUUGCAAAUGCUGGUGACUUUGGUGGCUAUUAUUGUCCUUGCCACGGAUCUCAUUAUGACAACUCUGGGCGUAUUAGAAAAGGUCCAGCUCCCCUUAAUCUUGAAAUUCCUCCUUAUGAAUUCAUGGAUGAGUCAACAUUGGUUGUUGGCUAGUUCUUUAAGUGGUGUAAAUUACUAGAUUGAAAUAAAAAUGAAAUUGUAAAUUAUUUGAAAUGUACAUUAUUUAUUUAAUUUACCUCAUUGUAUAUUUGUUACAUAUUUUAAAUAAAUUGUUUUAAAUUCCUUUUAUAUUGUAUAAUCUCUUCCUCGAGAAAUCGUUUAGUCUGUUACUAUUUUUGUUGUACAUUAAAUAAAUGUAUUUGAAGAAAUUGGAAAAAAAUUGCUAGUA